CUGCUCAAGAUGGGUUUGCAGCUUCCGGGUCGAAGCCGUGUAGAGGCUUUGCAGCUUUUACAGCCAUUAGCACAGGAUCCUGUCCGAAAGUCCCCAGGGAUGCAACUGUGAAGUGACUAUGGACAGAAUCUCAGUAUGUGCAUCAGUGUCAUUCAAGGACGUGGCUGUGGAGCUGACCCAGGAGGAGUGGCAGCACAUGGGCCCUGCUCAGAGGACCCUGUACAGAGACGUGAUGUUGGAGAACUACAGCCACCUCGUCUCAGCGGGGUAUUGCAUUACCAAACCAGAGGUGAUCUUCAAGUUGGAACGAGGAGAAGAGCCUUUGUCCUUAGAAGAAUUCCCAAGCCAUGGCUACCGUGAAAAUUGCAAAGCAGAUGUCUGUUUCAAGGGGAGUAAAAGAAAUGAAGAGAAACAUAUGUGGGAAGUAAUAUCCAUCAAUAACAAAAUAUUGACUAGAGAAGGAGAGAAAAUUUUGGAAAAACCAUUUAAGCCAGGCACAGCUUCAUUUUCUUCAAGAAAAAUUCGCUGUAAAUGUAACUCAUGUAGAAUUAGUUUCCCAAUUGUUUCUGAAUUAAUUAUCAGUGAUAGAUAUUCUUCAGGAGAGAAGGCCGAUUACAUUAACAUAUGUGAAAAAUUGCAUAUUGAUAUUAAUAAUGAGGAAACUCAUGCUGGAGAGGAAUCUUAUGAGUUUAAUACAAAUGUGAAGGGUCUUAGUUACAAGGAAGAUCUUUCUGAGAAUCAGAAGUUUCGAGUGUUGGAAGAAGCUUUUGAAUAUAAUGAAUCUGAGAAAGGCUCCUAUGAUAAGGCUGCCUGUAUUACACCUGAAAGUUCUCACACAGAAGGGAAAUCCAGUAAGGAUGACAAAUUUAGCAAAACUGAUAAGACAAUUCUGUUUGACCACAAGAGAACUAGUACAGUGGAGAAGUGCUCUGGUCUUAACCAGUGUGUGAAAUCCUGUGAGAAGUCAGCUUUCAUGGAGUACAAUAAAGUUCACAUGGCUUUGUCACACUAUGAAUGUAAUGAAAAUGGGAAUAAUUUCAGCAGGAAGUCAGAGGUCACUCAACCUCAGAGAAGCGGCACAGGACAGAGUACCUUUGAAAGGAAUACACGUGAAGAAAACUUCAGACACAUCUCAACUUUUAUGGUACAUCAGAGAAUAGCCACUGAAGAUAAAUCUUUUGAAUAUAAUGAAUAUGGGAAUUCUUUUUAUCCAAAGUUACGCCUAAUGGUACAUCGGGAAGGUCACAUAGAAGAGAAACUCAAAUGUGAUGAAUUUGGUAAUUUCUCCCAAAACUCAGCUGUAAAUAGACAUCAGCAAAGUGACACAGGAGAGAAGACUUUUGAAUGUAAUGAGCACAGGAAAUCCUUUUACCAGAAAGUACACAUCAUUCAGCAUCAGAGAACCCAUUCAGGGGAGAAGCUCAAUGAAUGUAAGGAAUGUGGGAAAUCCUGUCAGAAGCCACACUUAAUUCAACAUCAUGGAACUCAUAUGCGUGUCAUACUCUAUGAAUGUCGUAAUUGUGGCAAAACUUUUUGUCAGAAGUCAACCCUCAGUGAGCAUCUGAGUAUUCACAAAAAGGAGAAACAUGAACGUAAUAAAUGUAAUAAAUCUUACAAGAGGUUAGUUCUCAAAGAACACCAGAAAACAGUCAUGGAGAAGAAACUUUUUAAAUGUAAUGAAUGUGGAAAAGUGCUUCCCCACAGUUCAGCCCUCAGAGCACAUCAGAGAAUUCGCACAGGGGAAGAACCCUAUAAAUGUAAUGAAUGUGUGAAAACCUUCUCCCAGAAGUCACAUCUCAGUAGACAUCAGACAGUUCACACAGGGGAGAAACCCUAUCAGUGUAAUGAAUGUGGGAAAACCUUUUUCCAUAAGACACAGCUCAGAGCACAUCAGAGAAUUCACACAGGGGAGAAACCCUAUCAUUGUCAUGAAUGUGGGAAAGCUUUUACCCAAAAAUCUCUCACAGUACACCUGAGAAUUCACAGAGGAGAGAAACGCUAUGAGUGUGAUGAAUGUGGGAAAGCUUUUACCCAAAAUGCAACUCUCAGGCUACACAAGAGAAUUCACACAGGAGAGAAACCCUAUGAAUGUUAUGAAUGUGGAAGAUCUUUCUCCCUAAAGUUGUAUCUCAUUUCACAUCAGAGAAUUCACACAGGGGAGAAACCCUACAAAUGCAAUGAAUGUAGGAAAACAUUCUCCCAGAAUUCAGGUCUCAGGCUACACCAGAGAAUUCACACAGGGGAGAAACCUUAUGAAUGUAAUGAAUGUGGGAAAGCUUUUGCCCAAAAUUCAAAUCUCAGGGUACACCAGAGAAUUCACACAGGAGAGAGAUCCUAUAGAUGUAGUGAAUGUGAGAAAACCUUCUCCCAGAAGAAAAACCUCAGUGAACAUCAGAAAAUCCACACAGGUGAGAAACCCUACAAAUGUAAUGAAUGUGGGAGAUCUUUCUCCCAGUAUUCAGGCCUCAGAGCACAUCAGAGUAUUCAUACAGGGGAGAAACCCUAUGAAUGUAAUGAAUGUGGGAAAACCUUCUCUCAGAAGAAAAAUCUCAGUGCACAUCAGAAAAUUCACACAGGUGAGAAACCCUAUGAAUGUAAUGAAUGUGGGAAAAUUUUUGCUCAUUAUUCUACUCUCAGAAGACAUCAGAGAACUCACAUGGCAUUAAUGUUAGGCAUGCAGUAAAUGUGGUAAAAGUUUUUUUGGGAAGGCAACCCUUGGAGUACAUCAGAAUUCACACGAGAGAAACGCUUCGCGUAUAAUAUAUGUCAUACUUAUUAGAUAAUUCACAUAAGGGAGAAGCCUACAUCAUAUACACUGGCAACUUCACCUCUAACCAAAUCCUUUUUCCCUAGGCUCAGCUAUUCUAAUUUUUCCAAUCUGCCAUUCAUUCACUUGGGCUCAGGUGACUGCUACUAUCUACUUCAAGUUUAUUGAAUAUGCCACAUCAACAUCUGGCCCAUAAAAGACUUAAUAAACCUCACAUAGUUCCUGAUUCUCUUAAAAUGAAAUGGCAAACUUGAAUGUCAUACAUUAACAUAGUGGAGAACAAAGUGAAGGAAGUGAGAGUCCCUGGAUAACUGAGUUGAGCACAGUUCUUCCCUUCUGUAUCUCACUAGUUGAUUUUUUUUUUCAAUGAAGAAAUAAGUUUGUAUUCUAUUUAGCUCUUGCAGAUUUGGCUGUUACUGUACAUUGCUUAGUUAUCUCUCUGGUAGGGAUGGAUGAAACCCCAUGACUAAUGAAUGUGAGAAUCCAGCCACUCAUUGUACAUCAGGAAAAAUUCCACAAGAAAGGUGUCUUAGUUGCCUAGUAUUGCCAUAACAGAAACACCACAGGCAGGUGGCUGUAAAGAACAAUUUGUUUUCUCACUGUCCUGGUGACUAAAACUCUGAAUUCAAGGGAUGGCUGUAGAGGGAGGUCUUUCUUUGUCAGUAGCCUUUUUGCAUUCUGUCUUCUCCCAGUUUUUGUCUGUAUUGAUUUUGCUGUUUUUAUAACAAAUGGUUAGGUUUAAGACCCAUCAUAUUUUGGCAUGAGCUCAUUAGCAUAAGAAAAACCCUAUUUCCAAACAGUGAUAUUUACAUGUGUAAAACAAAAACCCAAAUCUGUUGCCCUUAAAUCAAUUCUGACUCAUAGUGACCCUGUAGGACAGAGUAGCACUGCCCAUAGAGUUUCUAAAGAGUGGCUGGUGGUUUCGAACUGCUGAACUUUAGCAGCCAUAGCUCUUAACCACUGCAAUUUUAACAUAUUUUGGCAGAAUACAAUUCCGUCCAUAACAAAAGAACUUGUCAACGUCCUCAAUGAUCAGAGGCUUUUAUCUGCAAGUCAAACUUAUUUAAAAAUCAGAAAUUUCAGGAAAAACCCAAAGAUUGUUAUAAACAUGAAAGCCUUUAGCAAGAAAUUAAUCCCUUUGAACAUCAAAUAAUUAAGAUUAGGCUAAAAUUUUAAGUAGUUAGAAUGUAUGAAUGUUUUCAACAAAUAUUGAACAUUUAUUUUGCAUUAUUUUUAUAUUUUCUGGAAGGAAAUGCAUUUGUUUCAGAAUUCUGGAUUAAAUCUUCACCUACAAGUGAUGUACCAAAAUUCAUGAUUUGUAUAUGAGAGCUGAAGCCUUUAUAGAAAAUAUGUAAUAAAACAUUUACCUAUGAAAUGUGCAGUUUUAAAAAGUUACUCAGGGCCACUGUAGUGAACACAUCUGUGUACAGUCUCUGAGCAAUGUGAUGCUUCUAAGUGUGAGGAAAUGAUAGAACAGAUGUUUGAUUUUUUGUUUAUUGAAACAUGACAGCAUAAUAGGAAAUGUUUACACUUUGUUUAAUAAAUAUUGUAAAAUAAACUUUGAUUUUCCACACUAAAUUAUUGUCUCUUUAAAACUAUUGA